AUGUGGAUUUGGAGGUGGGGGGGUACUUCUAGGUCCCAUUUGGAAAUAGGGACAAGUAGUGGUAGGCUGAAUGUGGAGAAUGUCAAUUACAUGGAAGAUGAUGAUGUGGGUGGACCGAUUAUGGAGGAUGGCGAUCACAUGGAAGAUAAUCACGCAGAAGAUGAUGAGAACUACACAUCGAUAAGUGAUCAAAGCGAUGAAAACCAAUCAAUAUCUGAAGGAAGUCGGGAGAGUGAUGAAGAGGUACCUGAGCACAAUUGUAUGAAUGUCACCGAGGAAAAUAAUAAUCGGAAUGUGAGCGCAAUGCUUAUUGCUCAUCUCAUAAGGCAUAAGGUUGAUUUGGACCCGGAUUAUGAAGUGAAGCUCGUUCAAGAAGAAGUGAAAGACCAUAUGCAUGUCGAUGUUCCUUACCACAGGGCAUGGGAGGGAAGGAGAAAAGCUAUCGAUCUUGUUUACGGCGAUUGGGUUUCCAAUUUUGACAUACUUCCAAGUUGGGGGUCAGCUGUGUUGGCGAAGUUGUACUUUGCUUUGUGUCAAGCUUCCGUGCCUGGGAAGAAAGACAUUACCAGAUGUUAUAUGCUGAUGCAGUUAUGGGUUUGGGAGCGUAUCCCAAGACUUCAACCGAAGAGGAAGGUUAAAGAUGAGAGUUACUUAGUGCCGGAUGCUCCACUAGGCAAUAGGUGGAAAUGCCCAAAAUCCAAAGCGAACAUCGCCGCUCAUUGUGUUGCUGGCAUCAGGGAUCAGUUAUCUAGCCUAAGAGAUGGAGAUUUUCUAUGGACUCCAUACACUCCCUUCAUCGACGAUCUCCCUGAUUUCUAUAAAGAGGCGGUUCAUAUCUACCUCUGUAGGACGUGGAUCUUUUGUUGGGCCAUCAGAGAACUAUACGAGCCCAAUCGGGUCCUUCGUCAAUUUCAAUGUAAGCAAACUGUGCCAGAGUACCCGUUAAUCAAUGAUAUUGAUCGCUGGAAUGCGAUACACCAUGGAUGCCUUGGGACUGGAAAGGCAUAUGAUGAUUGGGUGCAAAAAUACACCGAGGUACGACCUCAUUGGAAUGUGAGAAAUCAGCACGUGGUCCCUCAUGAAUUGGUUGAUCCGGAACUAGGUCCUCAGUGCACAUCAGACUACAUGCCGUGGUUUCAAAAGAAGACUAUCAGAUUUAUGACUGAUCCCACUCAAUACGGCCCUCUGGCACAGGGUUAUCACUCGUCUUCAUCUCUGGAGAGAUUUUAUUCUUCAAAUCUCAGCAACAUAUAUCAUCUCGCUGAUGCAGCCUUACGGGAAAAUCCAGGCCUCGGUGGUAGUCUAGAGGAUAAACUCUUCCAGAUCUUCGACAAGAGUUUCAGUGCCUUGACUUUGGGCCCACGUGAUAUGAGCACUUAG